AUGAGCUUGACUGCAAUUAGCCCACACUUGCGCUGGAGAUCACUCAAUGGGCCGGAGCGACUCACGGAGCGACCCAACCUACCACAACCUAAAUUGUGGGAGUUGGUCCAGAAGCCUGAUCUCAGUCCAUACAUCAUGCGCGUUCUCAUCUCCGGAGCGGGCGUCGCAGGCCCAACACUCGCAUACUGUCUGGCCAAAACCGGGGCUCGCAUCACCGUCGUCGAGAAAGCUCCAGCACUCCUCUCACACGGCCAGAAUGUAGACCUCACGGGGAGCGCCGUGACCGUCAUCAGAAAGAUGGGCCUUUUCGAGCAAGUCAAACGCAGCCACACACAAGAAAAAGGCACUCAGCUCAUCGAUCCUAACGGUCGCCCAUUUGCACCCUUUCCGGUCAAGGAAGGAGAAAUUACAAGCUUUACAUCUGAGUUUGAGAUCCUGCGAGGAGACAUGGCCAAGAUACUCUGGGAAGCCUCACGCGUGUCCCCAAACGUGGAGUACACCUUCGGCACCACUGUCCAGAAAGUGCUCGAGAAUAACGAUGCAGGUGUCAAAGUUGAGCUCAGCGACGGCACCGUGCAGGACUUCGACCUCCUCGUCGCAGCAGACGGUCAGUGGUCGCAAAUUCGGAAGCAGUGUUUUCAGCCCGAGUCUAUCGCGGUAGUCGACAAAGGGAUGUAUGUAGUCUACUUCACUGUGCCACGACUGGAAGAAGAUAACGACUGGUGGAACGUAUACUUCGGAUUGCAAUCGCGCAACAUCACUCUGCGCCCCGAUCCAUACGGAACUACCAGGGCGAUGCUUACCAUCAUGCCGCGCAACGAGACGCAGAAGUCGGCCUGGCAGAACGCCUCUCGGGCAGGGCGACAAAAGCAAGAAGAGCUAGUGAGGCAAGAAUUCGCAGACGCAGGAUGGCAAGCAUCUAGACUUCUCACCGCGAUGAGCAUGGCACCGGACUUCUACUUCCAGGCCGUCCAGCAGAUCAAGAUGGACAAGUGGAGUACUGAUCGUGUUGUCUGUCUGGGAGACACAGCGUUCGCACCCACGCCUCUCACAGGCAUGGGCACAUCACUGGCCAUCAUUGGAGGAUACAUGCUUGCUGGUGAGCUUGCAAAGGCGCAGGUUGGCGAGCAUCCUAGGACGAUGCUAGAGGCGUACGAGAAGGCGUUCCGUCCCUUUGUUGAACAGACGCAGCAGAUUCCUAGUUUCGUGCCGGGAGUGGCACACCCGGAUACAGCGUGGAAGAGAUGGGUGCUUCAGACUGCGAUGUCAACGCUGGCUAGAGCAGCAAACCAGCCGUGGAUUGUAAGGCUGAUCGGGGGAGACAAGACUACGGAGCAGAAUACUGAAGGAUUUCAGUUGCCGCGGUACGAGGAUCUUGAUGGAGUGCUUUGA